AUGGGAGGGCAUUACAUGCAGUCGGCGUCACCAAAGGGUGACCAGAUUACGUCUUCUUCAUUCAAAAUUGGAGGGGUCUCUAUUCCCUUCNUAUCAAGUUGUGUCAACCUUGAAGUCCUUGCCAUUUCCAACAAUAAGCUUGAAGGAAGAAUUCCAGAGGAGCUUGGAUCUUUAUCAAAGCUCUAUGGACUCUAUGUACCCUUUAACAAUCUGUCAGGAGAAGUGCCUCCUUCCUUCGGAAAUUUGUCAUCUCUUAAGAUACUUUCAGCAGCUGCUAAUCAAUUUGAAGGAAGAAUUCUAGCAACACUUGGUCGGUUGAAGAGGAUUAGAAUUAUUGAAUUUGGAGGAAAUAAGCUAUCAGGUACGAUUCCAACCUCAAUUUACAACUUAUCUUCGCUUGUGAAAAUCGGUUUUGAGGAGAACCAACUUAAUGGGAGUCUUCCCUUAGACUUAGGCUUCAAUCUUCCUAACCUUGAAGUCCUAAGUUUUAGUCGUAACCAAUUGACUGGACCCAUUCCUCCUUCAAUAUCCAAUGCCUCAAAUCUAAUGAGACUUCUGAUUCCACUAAAUAGUUUUAGUGGAAAGGUGCCUACUUUGGAGAACCUAUGUAAACUACAUGUGGUUAGUAUUUCUACGAAUGAAUUAGGAUAUGGGGAAGAAAAUGAUUUGAAGUUUCUCAGUUCUUUGCAAAAUGCUACGAGCUUAGAGCUUUUGGUUAUUGGUCAUAACAGAUUUGGAGGUAUGUUGCCAAAAAUGAUAGGAAAUUUGUCGACCCAACUUAGAAUGCUAUCAGUUAUGGAAAAUCAAAUGUUCGGAAGCAUCCCAACGGGAAUAACAAAUCUUGUUAACUUGGAGGUUUUAGAACUAGGGUUCAACCAAUUCACGGGUCAUAUCCCCAGCAGUAUAGGAAACCUUCAUAAGCUACAAGAUUUGAAGUUCUCUAGGAACAUGUUCUCGGGGAAAAUUCCAUCUUCCCUUAGUAAUCUAACAUUGUUAAGCAGGCUAACUAUGGGGAGAAACAACUUACAGGGGACAAUUCCAUCAAGUCUUGGGAGUUGCACAAAUAUGGUAGUAUUAGAUCUCGCUGAUAACAAUCUAAGUGGUACCAUACCCCCAAAAGUGAUUGGUCUCCCAUCCUUGUCAAUUUAUCUUGAUCUGUCUCGAAACCAAUUGACUGGUUCCUUACCCUUUAAUGUUGGAAACUUGAAAAAUUUGGAAGGUUUAUUUAUAUCUGAGAAUAAGUUGUCAGGUGAAAUUCCUGUUAGUCUAGGCAGUUGCACUAGCUUGCAAAAAAUAUUCAUGGAUGGCAAUUUCUUUCAAGGGAACAUUCCUUCAUCCUUGAGUUCUUUGAGAGGCAUUGAAAUUCUUCAUCUUUCAGACAACAAUUUGUCUGGCCGAAUUCCUGAAUACUUGGAGAGCUUUCCCUUUUUGCAAAAUUUAAAUCUAUCAAACAAUAACUUCGAGGGUGAAGUACCAACAGUAGGAGUCUUCAACAAUGUAAGUGCUUUUUCAAUUUCUGGAAAUGAUAAACUCUGUGGUGGCAUACCUGAGCUACAUUUAUCCAUUUGUCCAAUCAGAGUGUCAAAGCAAACACGGUUUGUUUCUCCAGAAUUGAUAAUUCCAAUAGUUAUUGGAAUCUUGUCACUGACUGUGAUGUUAUGUUUGAUAAUUAUUUGUCGGUGGAGAAGAACAAAAAAGAGUCACUCUUCUGCAUCACCACUGCUGGCUUCACUUCUACAAGUUUCUUAUGAGAAUCUUCUGAAAGCAACCGGUGGUUUCUCUUCAAACAAUUUGAUCGGUAUGGGGAGUUUUGGUUCUGUGUAUAGAGGAAUCCUAGACCGCAACAAAAUGAUAGUGGCAGUGAAGGUACUUAACCUUCAACGUCGAGGAGCUUCCAGGAGUUUCUUGGCCGAAUGUGAAGCCUUGAGAAGUAUUAGACAUCGUAAUCUUGUCAAAAUCAUAACAGCUUGUGCAAGUGUUGAUUUCCAAGGAAAUGAUUUCAAGGCUUUGGUUUAUGAGUUCAUGGCUAAUGGGAGCCUAGAGGAGUGGUUGCAUGCGACAGAAGUGUUAGAGGAGGCACCGAGAAAUUUAAAUCUUCUGCAGAGGCUGAAUAUUGCCAUCAAUGUUGCUUCUGCACUGGAGUAUCUUCAUCACCAUGGUCAAACACCUUUAGUUCACUGUGAUCUCAAGCCAAGCAAUGUUCUUCUUGAUGAUGAAAUGAGGGGGCACAUAGGUGAUUUUGGAUUAGCAAAAUUCCUUCCAGAGGGCACCCAUAAUCUUUCCAGUAAUCAUACAAGCUCCAUUGCAAUAAGAGGAACUGUUGGUUAUGCUGCUCCAGAGUAUGGUAUGGGAAGCAAGGUUUCAACAUAUGGUGAUGUAUAUAGUUAUGGCAUACUCUUAUUGGAGAUGUUUACAAGGAAGAGACCUACCGAUGAGAUGUUUAAUGGAAAUCUGAAUCUUCAUAAUUUCGUGAAGGCAGCUCUGCCUGAACGAGUGGCUGAAAUUAUGGAUCCAGAGAUUCUUCGUGAAACAGAAGAACAAACAAGCAUGACCACUGCUCGCAACCUCAGGAGUAGCACGAGAAGAUACAACAUUCUAGAGUGCUUGACUUCGAUAUCUGUUAUUGGAGUCACUUGCUCUUCAGAGAUGCCAAGUGAAAGAAUGCACAUGGAUGAAGUUGCGGCUCAACUGAUUUCUAUCAGAAACAAACUUCUUGAAACUCCUAGACGGGGAGAGAGAAAAACCAUCCACACUAUCCGGCCAGUGUCAACUACCAUAAUUGUAUAA